AUGAAUUUCUCUCGUGAUACUGGACCGGUUGCCCCCAGGCCCCGAGGACUUGGAUGGCAUCGACCACGGCACCACGGACACUUCCCCGGGCCCUUCUGGCCCCUUCCAGAUAGAUACCUCCGGGAAAGUGGACAAGAGGGCCACCACGCGAUCCGUCACAGACCCCAUGGCACGAUAAGCAGUUGGGGACUCGCCUGA